UGGGCUUCUCUUUCGUUGGGAGUUGCUUGCUCGUCAGUGUUGUCACGCAGCCGCGACCAUGGCCAGUCUAGGUAGCAGCGAAGGUUCUGGGGGCCUGAUUGGAGUUGAAGGAGAUGAAGACGCGGGGCUUCGAGGAGUCAGCCGUUCAGCUUCUGAAGUCGGAACUGCGGUGCUCGGAGGCCGCAGCAGUCGGGAAGCAGCUCCCGCUCGAACGGCGGUCCGCACCUCUAGACGUCUGUCUCUCUCACAAGUCUCUGUCAGUGAGAGGUUGCUUCUGCCGCUGCUGAUGGUGGCUAUAUGCUGCGGUCUGGACGUGACACUCAGUGCUGCAGGAAGAGGAGGAGGAGGAGGGGGGCUGAUCAGCACUGUUGAAGCCGCUGUUAAGGAAGCCGCUGUUAAGGACCCAUUGCUCUUCGCUGGCAAGCGUUCAACUCUGUCGUCUGACGAAAGCCAUCUGAUCAUGGCUGCCUACCCCUUUGACCCCUCCGGGACAUCCUGGGUGGUCUCCUUGGAUGUCCUCUCUGGAGUUCGGCUCUCCACUCCAGUGAGCCUACAAUGGAUCUACGGCCUGGCUUUCAGUCCCAACCACACAGCGCUGUACAUGGCGGACGUGUUCGGCCCGCCCCGGGUUCUCGUGGCUGAGGUCGCUGGUUCGAGUCCUCUUCCGGCGUCGCUGAACACCACCGUCUUCCUUACGCUCAAUCCUGACAACUUCAGCAGACCAGCGUUUGGCCCCUACAGCUUCCCGGCAGACGGGAAUUGCCUGUACUUCCUGGACGACGGCGGAACGUUUAACAGAGUGUGGGCGCUUCACAUCGCCUCUCGCAAACUGAUACCUCUCGCCGGAAGAGAACAGUAAUUUCCCUUCAGAAUCUCCAUUGGAAGUCAGGACUCUCUGAUGGAGAUUGCUGUUACAUCGGACGGUC